AUGACUCUAGCUCCCAGUGAAGGCACAAAGUCUCACGACCCCGCCAUGCUGACAUGGACAUCCUCACUCAAGGUGUACUCCGGCUCCGCCGCCCCCACCGAGAAGGAACCGACGGGCCCGGUCCCCACGGGAUCCCUAGCGGACGAGUCCGCCACGCACGACGGAGCCUUCUCAUCCAACAGCCCGCGCUCCUCGUCCGUCGCAGGCCCCAGCACCGGCGGCGCGUCGGAGACCGCCGAGCUCGAAUCGGCGCCCGACUCGGCGUCCCGCUCGGCGGCCCGGGACACCACGUCGACCGACGCGUCCAGCUACGACGCCGCCACGGGUUCCGGGAGGUUCUCGCCGUCAUAUGCGGGCAGGGACGCCGCCGCCGGCACGGCCCCGUCCUACGUGGCGGAGCAGUAUAUCCGGGACCCUCGCGGCCCUCACGGGAAGAACAUCUCCGACGGCUUCCACCACUCCGGCACCGAGGACGGAACGCAGAAGGCCAUCAACGCCGAGCCGGGGAGCAUCGACGACCCUUCCCGGUUGGCCGAGAGGCAGUUCGACCUCAAGGAUAACACGAGGACGAGGGCCGCUGGACCGCGCGAGCAUCACGUCACGCAUCAGUCAAAGUACGAUUCCCUCAGUGCUGAUGCAUCGGCUUAG